AUGAUGAUGUUCAAGGGCAAGGGCAAGGGCAUGAAAGGCCUCAGCAGCCCCAAGGAGGACAUGCAGAAGUUGGCUGCCAUCGACGCCUCUCAGAAAGUUUGGAUUGGCAACUUGUCGCCAGGCGUUGACUGGAAGACGCUGCAGCAAACUUUCAACCAGGUGGGCCGCACCAUCUACGCCGCCUGCUUCCCCAAGAGCGGCACUGGGUGCGUGGCCUACCGCACCCCUGACGAGGUGCAGCAUGCCGUAACUUCAUUGAACGGCUCCUGGCUGGGGGACACCCAGAUCCAGGUUGACUUCUUCACUAAGCCUGAAGGCCGAAGCAGCGCCAAGGGCAAGGGCAAGGGCAAGGGCAAGUCAUCGUGGACGCCAGUGUGGAAGCCGAUGUUUGAGAAAGUAAUGCUGAAGGGCUUCAAGGGCAUGAGCAAGGGCAAGGGCAAGGGCAAGAGCGGAGAUAUCGCCAAGCUCAAGUCCAUCGACAAGUCCCUGAAGGUCUGGGUGGGGGGGCUGGACGGCACAGUGACCUGGAAGCAGCUCCAGGAGCUCUUCCAGCAGGUGGGCCAGGUGACUUGGGCCGCCGCCUUCAAGGACACCGGCUGCGUGGCCUUCGCCUCCCCAGAGGAGGCGGCCUCGGCGCUGGCGCUGGACGGGACGCAAAUCGGCCCCGCGGCGUUUGAAGCCGCGGAGGUGCGCAAGCUGCGGACGCAGGACACGCCCUUCAAGCACUUGCUGGAGUACAUGCUCAAGUACGAGGGGGUGGUGCAGUUACACGCGGAGGCCAGCUACACGCUUCUGAACAUCUCUGGCUGCUGGUCUUGGAAAACCCCGGGGCCGCGGCCUGAGACGUCGAGAGACACGGCGCGCCAGGUCCGCGAGGUGUGCGGCAGCACCUUCCGACGGUCCGGACGCAUCGCAGCAUCGAAUUGGCUCAUGCACAAUUUGGCAUCGCAGCAUCGAAUAGAUGUGCCGUUUGAUGCCGAUCCCUUCACGGACGACGAGGGCGACCUGCGAAGAGGGGCUACUCCCAAGGUGCUGCCCACCAAAGGCCCCCCCAGCGACUCCGAGGAAGAGGCGCCCAGAAGACAGCAGAAGGCAGAGCUGUUCGAGCCCACGGAGGAAGCGGCGGAGGACUACGGCCUGCCCGAGGAGAGCAGCGGGAAAUUCGAGGGCAGCUGCCCUGUGCUGUGGUGCGGCUCCCAGCAGAACAAGUCUGUCAUGCUGCCGCACGCCAAGUGGAUCACGCUGGGCAAAGAUGCCUGUAGCGUUCGUCUUCCCAGCCGGGGCGUCUCUGGCAAGCACUGCCAGCUGAGAUGGCUCGGGGACAAGAGGCUCGUGGAAUUCAUGGACUCCAGCACGAACGGUACCUGGGUGAGCGGGGAGAAGGUGCAACGGAACGAGGAGCCCAUGAAGCUUCAGCACGGAGCACGCGUGGUUGUGCAGGCGGGGGGCACCCGCUACAUCUUCGUGCUGGACCUGCGCCCGGCGGGGAUGGGCUUGACGGACCCCCGGGAGUUUCAACAAGGCGAGGCGAAGGAGCGCCAGGAGCGGAAGCUGAAGAAGCUGAAGGAACAGCUGACAAAGCUGCAGCACUACAGACGGAACCAGGAGAACGACAUCGUGGAGAAGGAGAAGCUCUUUUACGAGCUGCAUGUGCAAAAGGAGGAGAUGGAUGUGAAGACUCAGAUGUGGAGGGACGAGAUCGAGAGAAUAAAGGCCGCAACGGAGGAGGUCCGGUCGAAGGUCUCGGAGACGCGGAAGGGGUGGAAGAAGAGGCUGGUGGAGAUCCACCAGGGCAACGAGGUGGCUGCGAAGCCCCUCACGGAGAGGACCAUCGAGAAGCAGGAGCAAGUGGGGAAGUUGGAGCUGGAGGUGAACGAGUUGGAGCGCCAGAUCUACCCAGACCGGUUUGCGCUCGCAGAGUUGCCCGAGGAGGUCAAACCGGCUCCAGGCUCGGAGUUGGAGCUGACCGACAACGAGCAGGACUCUGCCAGACCGCAGGUGCAGCCGUCUGCCACGCCGGAGGAGGAUUCUGCGGCCUUAGUGUCGGCGGCGCAGAAGCCGCAGUCCUCUGGGUACGCCCCGACCACGCCGGCGAAGACGCCGGCGCCGGAUCUGGACAGCGCCCCUCUGAUGGAGAGCGCCCCUCUGAUGGACAGCGCCCAGUUCGCAGAGGAGGCCGGAGCCUUCAUCCAGAACCUCAGCAUGAAGGAUCUCUUCGGCGAGGAGGACGACGCGGAAGACGGCGAGGCUGGCAGCGCCCCCAGCGCCCCCAGCGCCGCGAGCGGCCCCGGCGCCAAGCGGCCGCGCUUGGAAGGCAGCUGA